UCCCGCCCUCAGCACGGAACAGCAGCACCACAUACUCCGUUUGAAGAUUAUGCUGCGGCUUCUGGCCAUUUUGUAGAAGGCAGAAUGAGGAGGUGAAGAAGAAAAAAAAUAACGCACUAGGAGGGAAGGACACAUUUGGAGGGCGCUCACGAAGAGACAGUCAGCCUGAAAGCAAGAUAAAAAAAAGAUAUAGAUAUAUAUACCCGCCUCAGUGGUUUACCAUCGGUACACCCCAUCUGAAUCGUGGAUUAUUACGAGGAAAUCGCAUUGGAACCAUGAGCUGGGGGUCAGAGCUAUGGGAUCAGUUUGAUAACUUGGAGAAGCAUACACAGUCGGGCAUCGAGUUCGUGGAGAGGUACACCAAAUUCGUCAAAGAGCGAUCGGAGAUUGAAAUCAACUAUGCAAAGCAGAUUAAGAAUCUAUCAAAGAAGUAUCAACCCAAGAAGAACUCAAAAGAGGAGGAGGAGAACAAGUACACGUCAUGCCGGGCCUUCCUGUCAACACUGAAUGAGCUGAACGACUACGCAGGUCAGCACGAAGUCAUCGCUGAGAACCUGACCUCUCAGAUCAUCACAGAACUCUUGCGGUACCUCACAGAACUCAAGGCUGAGAGGAAAUCGCAUUUCCAUGAUGGACGUAAAGCACAGCAACACAUUGAAUGCUCGUGGAAACAGCUGGAGUCGAGUAAACGGCGGUUCGAGAGGGACUGUAAAGAGGCGGACAGGGCGCAGCAGUACUUUGAGAGAAUGGACGCCGACAUCAAUGUGACGAAGGCAGACGUGGAGAAGGCGCGGCAGCAGGCUCAGAUGAGACACCAGAUGGCUGCUGACAGUAAGAGUGAAUACUCCAACUUCCUGACCAAGUUCAACCAGGAACAGAACGAGCAUUACUACACUCUCAUCCCCAAUAUAUUCCAGAAACUCCAGGAGAUGGAGGAGAGGCGGAUCGAGAGGGUGGGUGUGUCCAUGAAGACGUACGCGGAGGUGGACCGCGAGGUGCUGCCUAUCGUAGGGAAAUGUCUAGACGGAAUGACUAAGGCUGCCGAGUCCAUUGAGCCUAAGACUGACUCGAGGCAGGUGGUGGAGUCGUAUAAGUCUGGGUUCGAGCCCCCGGGGGACGUAGAAUUUGAGGACUAUGGGCCAGGCCAGUCCAUGAAGAGGACGGUCUCUGAAACCAGCCUGUCCAACUCACGAGGAGAGGCCAAGGAACGACCCAGUGGGGGCAAGAGCAAGGGCAAACUGUGGCCUUUCAUUAAGAACAAGAACAAGCUUAUGUCCCUGUUAACGUCCCCGCACCAGCCCCCCCCUGCCCCCCCAGCCUCCAGCCCCCCCUCACCCUCUGCUGUUCCCAACGACCCCCAGUCUCCCAAGCAGAACAAGGAGCCCCUCUCCAAUCGCUUCAAUGAGUUCAUGGCCUCCAAACCCAAAAUGACUUGCCUCCGGAGCCUGAGGCGAGGGCUUUCUCUCAAGCUGAUCACACUCAAUUCCCACGUCCGGAAUCUUAUUGAGGGCUCUGGACCAGAGGACUUCAGCCACUUGCCCCCAGAGCAGAGAAGAAAGAAGCUUCAGGCCAAGAUAGACGACUUAAACAAGGACAUCCAGAAAGAGAUGGACCAGAAAGAUGCCCUAACUAAGAUGAAGGGGGUGUAUGAGAAGAACCCUCAGAUGGGUGACCCUGCCAGUGUGGACCCCCGCCUAGUAGAGGUGGCAAUGAACAUCGAGAAACUGCAGUCCGAGGUGCAGAAAUUCGAGGGAUGGCUAGCUGAGGUGGAGGGGAGGUUACCAUCAAAGAGCGAUCCUCCCAGGAGACAGAGUGGUCUGUACGAGACACAGAACAGCAACAGCAGCACGGUUGCCAACAACUGUGCACAGGACAGAGAGAGCAGCCCGGAUGGCAGUUACACAGAGGAGCAGAGUUCAGAGACUCAGGUCAAGGUGGCCAUAGCCAACACUCCAGAGUUUGAUGAUGAGUUUGACGAUGGGGAUGAGGAGACGCUGCCCACUAUCGGCACCUGUAAAGCCAUCUACCAAUUUGAAGGUAAUACACCUUUAACAGGUCAUAAUGAGGGGACUAUAUCAGUGACAGAGGGAGAGCUGUUGUAUGUGAUAGAGGAGGAUAAAGGUGAUGGCUGGACACGCGUCCGCAGAAACGAAGAGGAGGAAGGCUACGUGCCCACGUCUUAUGUCGAGGUCCUUUUGGAAACAAACGCCAAAGAUUCCUAAAAGUGUGAGAGGCUGGCUCAGAAAUGGCAGGGCAAGCAGCCUCGGAGACAGAGCAACCACAUUCACGUUCCUUUUAUUGUCAUAGAGUCAGAAAGAGAGAGAGACAUGACCGAGACAAAAACGGGAGAUCGAUAAUGAUGCAUCUCAAUUUCCAACCCGAUACAUACGUAGAGUUCUCUUCUUUUGCAACAGUUUCUGACCAGAAGCAACAAUAAUAAGCAUCACAAUUUUGCACCCGUAAAUCUUUUAAUAGUCCAUUACACAUUUAUAAUUUUGCUCCCGUUGUUGCUGCAAAGCUUUGCUUCUCGAUGUACUAACUCAGCUUCCGCUACGCGGCGUUACCAUGGCGGCUGUUAGCUCUCUCGCCUCAAAUCCCAACCCGCUCCCAUGCCACCCCUCCCCAAACCCCUUCCUAAAGCACGGCAGGGUGUGGUCAGAGACAAGACCAGCUCCCCCUCAUGGAAGGGAGGAAGAAGCAACACAAUCUCCCCCCACAAACCCGCUUACACCCCACCCAUACCAUCUCACCUGACCAGACCAUCAGACAGGAAGGCUGGAGAGGAAGCCAAACCGUGUCCCUCCAGUCCACCCUUGCAUUCAAACCAAUCAGGUGGAUACAGUUGCCGUAUCUCUCUCUCUCUCACUCAUUGACUCAGAGCCAUCAUCAUAGAAGGAACCGUCCAGAUUCAGCAUCACUUGGAGAGCCGUGGAGUACCCAUGGAAACAACGCCGUCAUUCCACUCUCUCAGACCGCAGCUCCAUAUUUUGCAGGUUUCAAAUGGACUAAAACAUGGACCGAUUGGUCAUCUUACUGUAUGUGUGUAUGAAAAAGCUUCAUUUAUGGUGUGUGUCUUCUGUGGUGUUUGUCAGUAUCAUGUACAUCCUCCAUACAUGACUGGGGAGGGGACAGGACUAGGAGCUCCAGGACCGAGAGGGGUUGGGUUGGGAAAGGGGACAGGUUCACUUUACUUCAUCUCACCUGCACACUCUCCCUACCAUACUAUCAUGUGUUGUUACUGGCAUCCAAUCAAAGUGGUGGAAAAAGUAUCCAAUUGUCAUACUUGAGUAAAAGUAAAGAUACCUUAAUAGAAAAUUACUAAAUUAAAAGUUAGUCACCCAGUAAAAUAUUACUUGAGUAAAAGUAUAUAAGCAUUUGGUUUUAAAUAUACUUAAGUAUCAAAAGUAAAUGUCAUUGCUAAAAUAUACUUACGUAUCAAAAGUAAAAGUACAAAUGAUUUCACAUUCCUUAUAUUAAGCAAACUAGGAGGCACUAUUUUCUUGUUUUUUAAAUGAACAGAUAGCCAGGGGCACACUCCAACACACAGGCAACACUCAAACAAAUAUCAAACGAGCAUUCUUGUUUAAUGAGUCCGCCAGAUCAGAAGCAGUAAGGAUGACCAGGGAUGGUCUCUUGAUAAGUGAGUGAAUUGCAACAUUUUCCUGUCCUGCUAAGUAUUCAAAAUUUAACAAGUACUUUUGGGUGUCAGGUAAAAUGUAUGGAGUAAAAAGUACACUAUUUUCUUUAGGAAUGUAGUGAGGUCAAAUUUGUCCAAAAUAUGAAUAGUAAAUUCAAUUACAGAUAUCCCAAAAAAUGACUUAAGUAGUAUUUAAUAAAAAUAUUUUUACCUUGAAGUACUAUACACCACUGAUCACGUCUGCUCCACUCUCUGGCCACACCCCUCCCCUCUUUAAAACCCUCCAUCGCCGGUGGUAGAUUCUGGUCAUUGGCUGCGUUGAUGGCCAUGUCACAGCUUAGGAUGGGACUCCUCUCGGGCAGUGCGUGCAGUAUGCAUGCAUGCCCUGUCUCCUCUUUGACUCGCCACCCUACAGCUCGGCUCCGGGGGGGGGGGAUUUGCCCAUGCCGCUUUUUAUUUCAGUUAACUCACAUUGCCUGUUACACUUCUUAACCUGUUUGUCACGUUUUGGGUUCUGUGCCUGGGGAUCCUCUACUAGCGCUUCCGUAUUAUGUUUUGUUGUUGUUUGACUGUUCCUCGUCUCUGAAAGCAUGUUCACCUACCUGUCUUUUUUUUUAACAGUGAGUGUGUGCUCUCCCUCACAGUAACCCCCUCCUGCUCAAAAUCUCAGCUAAGAAUGUUUUGGAUUCCCGAAACUUCUGUUUCUGAAUGAUUUUAUGCAUACAGUACAUGGUUAUAAAAUGUAAUUUGUCAAUUUGUUAUACUGUAUGUAAUGUUGUUUGCUGACAUUGUACAUGUUUGAGAAGUGUGUCGAAGGCAAGUGGUUGUUAGCUUCCACUAGCCUCAUCCUGUGGAUACAUACUGUGCUGUGUAACGUCUCCACUGUAUAUCCUACCCAACAGACAGAAUGUCCCCGGAAGAAAACUUGAGGAUUAGUUAAAUGUCUCAUGUAAUUUGCAUGGUCCACUUACUACUGUAUAUGGAAGUAUUGUAAUACUGUGAUCCACACACACACUUUCUUUCCCACAAGGUUGUGUGCGACUGAAUAUGAGACGAGACAGACUUCAUUUUGGGCCUUAACUAGUUUAAUCCAUAGACUUAGAUAGACAUCGCAUCAUUGUAUCUGUCCCAUUAUGGCAUCUGUGAGGGCAUGGGCAGCCUAUUGAGGCCAUCUCCAUUUUGAAGUAGUCAAUUUUCUUCUACCAUGAGUUGGCAAACAAACUGAAAGGGUGCAUAUUGCCAGCUGGAGUGUGUAUGAACAGGUUUAAACAGGUUUAAAGCCAAGGUUGGCAAUUUACUGCCACCUGCAGUUCUGGAAUGUUUGCUCAUGCGUAUACUUCAUUGGCUAAUCCCUCCUGGUGACCUGGAUGGAAUUAUGUGAUGAUCCUUCCUUAACCCAUAGGAAGUCCCACCCAGUUGACUACUUCAAAAUGGUAAAAGUCCUCAAAUGGCACUGCCCAUGAUAAAAUGGGCUUUUAGGCACUAAAGUCGUCUAUCUCUCUCUAUGGAUUUAUCCUACCACUUAGUGUGAAGACAGAUGCCAUUCUAUUAUCUGUGGUAUGUUGAAUAGGUCAAGACGUCUCUUGUUUUCUUUUUUAUAAAGGUUGGGGGGUUAUUUUGUAUGUGGCAGUCAAGGUAGAUUACCCAUAACAUCUACAGAGAUGAUGAUGUCCACUGUUUCCCUCUCUCAAAGGCACAUACAUUUUUUAUUUUGUUCAUUUUAUUUAUCAUUAUUUUUUACCAAUUUUGGGUCGAUGAGAUUGUAGCUUUUUAUUUUGUAGCUAGUUGUUUCUUUAGCUGGAAAACUGUUGCACCUGAACUACAAACCACCUAUAAUGAUGAAACCAGUUGUUUGAUCUGCCUGAAGUCACUGCAGACGAAGUAAUGAAUAACACAUAUUUGUUUUGUCUAAUGAAGCCGUUAGUGAUGGCACCCUAUUCCCUAUUUCGUGCACUACUUUGACCAGGCUCAAGAGUGUCUUGAAACUUUUUUUUAUUACAAUAUUACUACUCAAAGCAACAUUUCAAAGGGCAGCAACUGAAAUUGUAUCAAUGCAAACCGUGUAUAUUAUCAUUAGAACAACAAACGAACAGUGAUCCAUCAUCAUUUGGAGUCCCCGUUACUUGUCAUAAUAUAAAAGCAGCGCAAAUCUAUAAGUUAUUUGGCUGAGGAUCAGGUCAGGUCAAAGUCUCCUUUUGCUAUUCCCAUCCGUCCAUCUCUUAUUUUGAUUAUUGUGGAUGUUGAUUUGGCAGUUGUUUUGUUUGUGAGAAGUGAAAAGGCAAAACUGAUUCCCAUGCAGACCGUCAGAAGGUGCAUAUCUGUAGUGCGCUGACAGACAGAUAGAGCCACUCAGAAGCGAGCCAGUAUAGAGGGGGAUCUGCUUAUCUCCUCUCCUGCUAAUUACUGGACUCGGAUCAUCCUAGACCUUCAGCCUGGCCCCAGUGCACCUGUACAGAAGAAAUGGCUUGUUGGAAUUAGAGAGAAUAUAUAUAUAAAUAAAUAUUGAUUCAACUAAGACAAAAAAAGAGGAAAUAAACAGUCUAUUUUUAAGGUUUUAACAAUUAAAAGGACCUACCAUUACUUUUUUUUCUCUCUCGCUUUGCUAAGACUUUGUUUUAUUGUUUUUGUUUUGUAAAGUCUGCCAAAUGGUGUGUUUCGCACUUUUUUGUUGUUUGUGUUCCAUUUGGUAUAUGCUUGCAUUUCGGAGCACUGAAUACUUUGUAUUGUGUUAACUGUGCCAAUUAAAUACAUGUUGAAAAUAA